AUGAGUCGUGCUGCCCGUGCACCAGACGACCAGACAAAGCUAAAGAAGCAAUUAAAUGAUCUUAUGAAAUUAGACGGGAAUAAAUUUUGUGCUGAUUGUGGCUGCCGUGGACCUCGUUGGGCUUCGAUUAAUUUAGGCGUGUUUAUCUGCAUUGCAUGUUCGGGUAUUCAUCGUAGCUUAGGCGUUCACUUGACGUUUGUUCGUAGCGUUAAUUUAGACUCAUGGACAACUGAACAAGUGCAACAAAUGCAACGAUGGGGAAAUGCCCGAGCUAAGGAAUAUUAUGAAGCCAACACACCUCGAGAUUGUCAUAUUCCAACGGAACAUUCAUCUGUUCGCGAAAAAGAACGAUGGAUUCGAGAUAAAUAUGAGCGUAAACUCUUUGUAGGAGAUGGCAUUCGAGGGAAAGAAGAGGAAGAACGUGGUGGUAGUGGUGGUGGAGGAGGGCGUCGGAAAAAACAUGUAGAAAGUGAAGAAAAUAAGCACGAGGAAGAACGACGUCGAGAGAGACGUCAAGAAAAAUCCGCAGUACGUCAAAGCUCACGCACCAUCUCGCAAGAUUCUACAUCAAAGGCCGAAGUACAUCAACGCUCACGCACCACCUCACAAGAAUCUACAUCCACGGCUGCAACCGCGGACAUUGUAUCAUUUGAUGUGUUCAGUACGUCCGUCCCAACUACAAAACCUGCUACGCCGUCGAUUGCACCGCCUGUUGCAACAUUAGUCUUACCAAACAAGCCAAAACAGGAUGAGUGGGCAUUAUUUGGUGGAUCGAUCAAUGCGCAAUCGGGUUUUCAAGAUAAGUUUGCUGUACAACCUUCACCAUCGACCGACCAACAUGUAAAAAAGAUGGCCAACAUCAUGGCAAGCUUUGGUAGCUCCACGCAGCAGCAGUCUCUGCAACAACAGAGCGCGUUUACACCUCAACAAAGAACGGCACCACAGACCCCGAUGAUGGGGAUGCAGAUGCCAAUGAUGCAGCCUCGACCAAUGGGAACGACUAUGCCCAUGAGUAUGCCUAUGGGUAUGCCCAUGAUGAUGCCUAUGAGUAUGCCUAUGAGUAUGCCCAUGAAUAUGCCAAUGGGCGGACAGGGAUUCAUGAACCCUAUGAUGGGGCAACUUUCCAAUCCGAUGAUGGGAUACCCCAUGCAGAACCAAAUGCUUGGUGAGGCACCGCAGCAGAACGGCAUGAUGAUGGGUGGUACUGCUCCAAUGGGAUUUCAGGGUCGGCCGAUAAGAAUGAACCCAAUGAGUAUGCAAAUGAACCAUCGAGGUUUGCAGCAACAGCAACAACAACAGCAGCAGCAGUAUCAGUAUCAACAACAACAGCAGUACCAGCAGCCACAGUCGCAAGUAGGCCCAAGUCAGCCGUUUAAUACUUUUGGCUAG